AUGUAAGUAAAACCAAAAUUACUUAAGGAUGAUUUGUGGAUAAAAAUAUUUUAUAUUUUACAAGAGAAGACUAAGAAAAUAAUGUUAUAAUCAGUUUUGAUUUAUUAGGGCACAAAAGAUGGAUUAAAUAAUUAAUAAUAUUGGAAUAAAGUGAAUGGUAAAGCUAACUUACUUAUGGUAUUUUAAUCAAAAUCUGAUUAUAUCUUUGGUGCAUACUCUCCUUCUAAAUGGGAAUCAUGUGACGGAAAAUGGGUAGAAGAUAAUACAUUAUCAUCUUUUAUAUUUUCAUAAACUCAUGAUUAAGUUUAUCCUUUGAAGUCAGAUCAAAAAUAAUAUGCUAUUUAUUGUCAUUCAGGUAUAGGACCUUCAUUUGGAUAUGGGCAUGAUUUUACAAUAUAAGGUGAAUUUACUAAUGGUGGUUCUCGUUUAGGUUAUUCAUAUCAAUUUAAUUAAUACAAGGGUGGAAAUGAUGAUCCAUAUCUGUUUGGAUAGAAUAAACCAGAAAUAAAAGAAUGUGAAAUUUAUGAAUUAUAAUUUGCUUGA